AACACUAACGGUAACCUUCGAAAAGGCGAAACAAGACUGUACCGUAUUGUAAUGCUAGAAUGCGCGUGGCAAAUCUGGAAGGCCAGAUGCCGGAGAGUCAUCAACCCUGACCACCCACAAACCACACUAACCGAAAUAAAAAACGCCCUCCGCGCCGGCCUCAACGAUAAACUCCAACAAGACAUCGCCCUAACAAACCGGAAAACGUACGGCCGAAAGGCCCUGCCGACCAAACUAGUCCUGCAUACCUGGAGCGGAAACCUUCACGAGGAAGGGAGACUGCCGGAUAACUGGCUGAACAGCACCGGGGUUUUAGUGGGUAUACCGGACCCUCCGUGA